GUGACAACGCCGCAUCCCUCGGUGAACUGAGGUCUAUAUUGACAAACUGUUGGCCUUUUCUCUCGUGUGAUUUUGAGUGUAGGAUACAUUCUUAAUCUCAAAAUGCGUGAAAUCGUACAUCUUCAAGCCGGACAGUGUGGCAACCAGAUCGGUGCAAAGUUCUGGGAGGUGAUCUCUGACGAGCAUGGCGUCGACCCAACCGGCACAUACCACGGUGACUCCGACUUGCAGUUGGAGAGAAUCAACGUUUACUUCAAUGAAGCUACCGGAGGCAAAUAUGUACCCCGAGCUGUGCUUAUCGACCUGGAGCCAGGCACCAUGGACUCUGUCCGCUCUGGUCCAUUUGGUCAGAUCUUCAGACCAGACAACUUUGUCUUCGGACAGAGUGGAGCUGGAAACAACUGGGCCAAGGGUCACUACACUGAGGGGGCUGAGCUCAUAGACACCGUAUUGGACGUUGUACGUAAGGAGGCAGAGAGCUGUGAUUGCCUACAGGGAUUCCAAAUGACACACUCCCUUGGUGGUGGCACUGGUUCAGGAAUGGGAACACUUCUCAUCAGCAAGAUCCGUGAGGAGUACCCAGACCGCAUGAUGUGCACCUUCAGUGUCGUACCUUCUCCCAAGGUGUCCGACACGGUGGUGGAGCCAUACAACGCAACCCUCUCUGUCCACCAGCUCGUAGAGAAUACAGAUGAGACAUUCUGUAUCGACAACGAGGCCCUGUAUGACAUCUGCUUCCGCACACUCAAAUUGACCACCCCAACAUACGGUGAUCUCAAUCAUCUCGUGUCGAUUACCAUGAGUGGUGUCACCACUUGUCUGAGGUUCCCUGGUCAACUCAACGCUGAUCUUCGCAAGCUAGCAGUCAACAUGGUACCUUUCCCACGUCUCCACUUCUUCAUGCCUGGCUUUGCUCCCCUGACCAGCAGAGGAAGCCAGCAGUACCGUGCCGUGACUGUUCCCGAGUUGACCCAGCAGAUUUUCGAUGCCAAGAACAUGAUGGCUGCUUGCGACCCUCGUCACGGCCGCUACCUGACCGUCGCUGCAAUUUUCCGCGGUCGCAUGUCCAUGAAGGAAGUCGAUGAGCAGAUGCUGAACGUGCAGAACAAGAACAGCAGCUACUUCGUGGAAUGGAUCCCCAACAACGUCAAGAUCGCUGUCUGCGACAUCCCACCACGAGGCCUCAAGAUGUCUGCCACCUUCAUCGGCAACAGCACCGCCAUCCAGGAGCUGUUCAAACGCAUCUCUGAGCAGUUCACCGCUAUGUUCAGGCGCAAGGCUUUCUUGCAUUGGUACACCGGUGAGGGUAUGGAUGAGAUGGAGUUCACUGAGGCUGAGAGCAACAUGAACGACUUGGUGUCUGAGUACCAGCAGUACCAGGAUGCAACAGCUGAGGAGGAGGGCGAGUUUGAUGAGGGGGAAGAGGGGGAGGUUGAGCCGUAACCAUAAUUGAAACCACAGUCAGCAAAAUAAAUCAAAGGAACAUUGGUUUGUGCCAACGUUGUUCUUCAGUGUUUAAACGGAACAUGUAUCUGAAAUUGAUCAACAAAACUCGUUGACCGUAUAUUUGUGAUCUUAUUUUUUGGAUCUGAUCUAUACUUUAGAUCUUGUGGAAACGUGCUGUGAUUUGCCUAUUUAUUAUAUCCAAACCCUUAUUGUCAUUUAACCCUACAGUAUCAAUGGAAGUCACAAAAUAUUUCCUUCGAAAAAUGAUAAUUUCAGAAUAUUUCUCUAAAAUACAUGGUACUGAGACGUAGACCUUGGAUAAAAAUAUUCAAAAGCUGAAUUUGAAUGCGUCAUUCAUCUUGAAUGUUAUCGCCCAUGAUGUUCAGGUGUUAAGAUUGCACUAUAGCUCAUUUUGUAACCAGACUUGAGAUUCUUUAGUAAAAUUCAAUUUAUCUGUAUACCGCGAGAGGCUUUAAAAACCGAUUGCCGUAUAUUUGUAUGCAAUUCAGGUUUUGAUGAAAAAUGCCAUUCACUAAAGGCAGCUUAAUUGUUAAGGCGUAGGCUACCGACAAAAACAAGUUUGGACUUCACUAAUCUUCUGUCAUCAGUGGACUUUAUCCUGCUCAUGCUUUUUCAUUUACAUUAUCUCUCCAUAUCUGGAAAUGAUACAUUAUUCGCGGUGUAGAUGGACAGGCGAGGGGGAUACUAUCCCAGAAGUCUGACAAAUUACUAAUUGGACCGAGCGCCUCAUCAAAAUCACAGUCCCAAAAUGCAUUGCAGCUAUAAUGGUUCUCGGUCCUUCUCCCUAAAUCAUCGAUCCUAUGGGAUAGGGCACCAGUCAGUGUGUGAUGACAAAAUGCUUUUACAGAUGAAGGCACUGUCUUUCAUUUCUUUUUUUCUUUUUUUAGAUAUUACGGCACUUGUAGUAUACGAGAAAAAAGAGCCGUUCAAUGCUUUCUUUUUUUAUUUUAUGUUGAAGUAUACAUAGGUUAGCUAGGUUUACCCAUAAUCCUCUGCGUUUCCAUGUCACCGGUGGGAUCGAGCUUAUUCAUUUUCAAUGUACCAGAGAGCUUCAGUAGGCUACAGUAAGUCUCGGAUUUGAAGUUGAGGGCUUUGGCAUAUUGUGUAAAAUUCAAGCAUUAAUUCCAUUUUUAUUUAGAAUAAGGACAAAAAGAUACUUUACAAGAAAUGAUAUAGUAAUGCGAUACAUGUACCGUUGUCUGUCGUACGUGUUCUGAGAGCCUCGAAACCACUAAAAUUACGUCACAAUGACGGUCAGUCUGUGUCGAGUCAUCUUAAUUUUGACGACAACGAAUGUUGUGGCUGCAAUGAACUUAUCAUGUGUUUGAAUCUGGUGCGUGCUGAACGCGAAUGUCGUCAAAGAAAUCGUAAUAUAGGCUUGUAGGAAAUACAUUGUAUACGCACGGUUUUGGGCGAACAAAAUGCUUCUAUUUCCGUGGGGAAAUUAAUGGAUUAUAUUUUAUUUUUUCAAAAUAGCAUACAUUAGCCUCUUUUUGCCUUUGUUAUUUAAAAUUAAAUGAAAGGAAAUCCAAAA